AUGGACGUGAAGCCCGCAGCUCCAGCAGGAGGCCUGGCGGAGGCCCCGGACUCGAAGGCCGGACGGCAAGUCGCACGGGUCACGCCGUGGCUGCUCCUGGGCCCCGCGCGCGCCGCCGCGGACGCGGAGCUGCUGGCACGCGAGCGCGUCACGUUCUGCGUCAACGUGACCCGGCAGCAGCCGUGCCCGCGCGCGCCGGGCGUGCGCACGCUGCGUGUGCCCGUCUUCGACGACCCGGCGGAGGACUUGCUCACGCACCUGGAACCCUGCUGCGCCGCCCUGGAGGCGGCCGCGCGCGCCGGCGGCACGUGCCUCGUGUACUGCAAGAACGGCCGCAGCCGCUCCGCCGCGGUGUGCACCGCCUACCUCAUGCGGCAUAGCGGCCUCAGCCUGGAGCAGGCCUUCCAGGUGGUGAAGAAGGCCCGACCUGUGGCCGAGCCCAACCCGGGCUUCUGGUCUCAGCUGCAGAAGUACGAGGACGCCCUCCAGAAACAGUCCCCAGGGCCCGAUGCCCCCCAAGCCGCAGCCGGAGACCGUCCUUAGCGGAACCUGUUCUCCCACCUGGGACAGUGUCCGUGGGGAGAGCCCUGGGUGGAGGGAAGCACCAGAGACGAGCCAUCCCCGGGGUCUGCAGGGCGACGGGAGGUACUCCAAACCUUCAGGCUUCACCAAAAUGUUGAGGACCGAAGAGGGUAUGAGAACUGAACCCCGACUCCGAGCGCUGAAGGCAGAAGUCCUGGGUGUGAAGCCAGACUCUGGCCCCUGCUGCUUGGUGAGACCUGAGGCAACUCCCUUAAACUCUCUCUGCCUCAGUUUCUUUAUCUGUACAAUGAAGGAAGGACUAAAUGCCAUUCUCUUCAAGUCGGACACACUCCAUUUGGGCUGCAUUUUAAUCCUCCUCGCUCUAAGGCUUUCUUCCUUCAGGAAUCCCAAGUCAGGGGUGGAGGGG